AUGGCUUCUGGCAAGCCAAUCUCGGAUGUGAUGUUGCAAUACCAGAGAGACCUUGAAUUCAUCAAGCACGACGAGGUGCUUCGGGAUUUAAGGAUCGGUGGCUUCAUUGAAAAUCAGGAAUACUGGCAGAACGUCAAGAAGGACGUCAUUGGGAAAGUUUCAUUCUUGGUGGAGAACCUACCCAGCAAAGGUGACGCUGCCUUUCAGGGAUUCUUGGCAUCACUUCAAAAACAUGGACAUAAUAACCUUGCAAGUAAUCUUCGUGCAUGUGAGGAAGUCAAGACCCGCCUGAUUGAGAAAUGGGAUGAACUUUUGGAAUUUCUGGAUUAUGCACAGAUUUCAGGAAAACUAGUUGCGAAAGGAAUUCUUCCCGCUGAGUGGGAAGUAGGAUUGACGUCUGCUCAAAAGCGGAGGGAAGCCAUCCUUCUGGCUGUUCGGGGUCGAGGUCCAUAUGGGUAUCAGGCCUUUCUUGAUGCCCUUUCUGAGAUUGGGCAAUCUUUCCUUAUGGAAAACUAACGUCUAUUAUGUGCAACUAUUCAAGUAUUUGAGAUGCAGCCUAAAUAAAUAGUUGUGCUAAGCCAGUGGAUUACCUCAUGA